GGGAAAGACGCAAAUGCUGCAGAAAACAGCUCCUCACAGAUGACCCUGAAAGAGUGCCUGGAUGAGUGUAUGGAGGCCUUGGAUCUCUUCCUUAACAACCACUUCAAUGAGAGCCUGGAGAGGCUGCGGCCAAGUAUUUGGCCUCUGCUGAUGUUAAGAAACUUGGUGUGAAGUGUGAAGUAGUGUGGGUUUCCUGUCAGCCAUGACAUGAGUGUGGCUCUGGCAGGCUUCAGUUCUCCAGGAUAUGAAGUGUUUGCUGAAGCUGACGCCCAAGGUCUGACUGAUUGAACAGCCAAGAGAAUGGCAGCCCUGCAAAAUAAACACCGUGCACAGGACCGACUGGGACAGUAGAGGAGAGAGGAAGAAUAAAGAGAGCAAGAUAUUUACUCUUAUCUUUUCUCAACAGUUUGAUGUGUAUGAUAUUGAUCCUGCGACUCCAUGUUUCCUAUGCAGAGCGAAUGAGAGUAUGUACCAUGCUCUUAUCUACGCCACAGUGCUGGAAAUGCAGGCCAUGAUGACGUUCCAGCAUGAUGACAUCAGCAAUGCAGGAAAUACCAUGAAGAGUGCCCAGGAGGUCUGUCAGAGGUUUCGACGGAAAUCCCCAGGUUUUGCUAACAAGUCCAUAGGGGACUCACUCACUGAAGUACAGCUUCAUGCUGAAGUGUGUUUUGCAGAGUGCCAACUCCAAAGAGCUGCUCUCACCUUCCUACAGGAUGAGAACAUGGUGAGUUUUAUCAAAGGAGGGAUCAAAGUACGAAACAGUUACCUGAUUUACAAAGACCUACAUACCUUCAUAAAAUCUCACAACUGUCUCAAAGGACCCAGCCACGUUCACUUAGAGGGAGGCAUAUCAUUUGGUAUAGGGGCGUUUAAUCUGACACUCUCUCUGUUUCCUCCACGGAUACUCAGAGUUUUGGAGUUUGCUGGGUUUUCAGGAGACAAGGAGUACGGUCUGUCCUUGCUACAUGAUGGUGCCACAGGGAUCAACCUGCGCUCCAUGCUGUGUGCUCUGCUGCUGCUCUGCUACUACACCUUUCUCACGUUCAUACUAGGUAGGACAGGAGAGGGAGAGGUGGCUGAGGCUGAGAGACUGCUGAAACCUUUCCGGCUUCGCUACCCGCGGGGAGCAAUAUUCCUCUUCUUUGCAGGCAGGAUCGAGGAGAUCAAAGGGAAUAUUGAUGAGGCGGUGGCACUCUUUGAAGAUGGCUGCAAGGCCCAGCAGACGUGGAAGCAGUUCCACCACAUGUGCUACUGGGAGCUGAUGUGGUGCUUCACCUAUAAACGAGCAUGGAAGAUGGCCUACUUCUACGCAGACCUACUGAGCCAGGAGAGCCGCUGGUCCAAGGCUAUGUAUGUGUACAUGAAAGCUGCUUACCUCAGUAUGCUGCCAAAGGAUGAGGCCAGGCCGUUUGGGGAGGAUGAGGUCGAACUCUUCAGACAAGUGCCCACCUUCAAGCAGAAGAUAGCAGGGAAGUCUCCCCCAACUGAGAAGUUUGCUAUUCGUAAAGCCAGACGCUACAAGGCUCCCUGCCCAGUCAAGCUGCCAGUACCAGUGCUGGAGAUGAUGUACAUGUGGAACGGUUUCAGUAUGAUCAGCAAACGACCAGAACUGACUGAAGGCAUGAUGCAGACUUUGGUGGAGGCAGAGCGCACCCUGCUGGAGUCUCCUGAAAAUGAGUAUUCGAUGGAUGACCGCUGUUUGAUCCACCUGCUGAAGGGUCUGUGUUUCAAGAACCAGGGUUUACUCCAGGCUGCUGAGGAAUGCUUUAACAAAGUGUGUUCCAGUGAAAAGAAGAUCAGGUUCGACCACUACCUGGUGCCCAACUCUCUGGUGGAGCUCAGUCUGCUCUACAUAGACCAGGGCAGAAGGGACGAGGCCAUUAAACUACUGCACAAGGCCAAACAAAACUACAAAGAUUACUCGAUGGAGUCUCGUACACAGUUCAGGGUACACGCCGCUCUGGCCAAACUCAAGGCUGACCCUGGUGAAGACGAGGACACUCAUCUGUGAGAGGACGUUUCUUUCAUGACUCUCCACAGUGGACUCUCCAUUCCUCUCACAGCUGUGGCUGUUUUUAGCUUGAUACCCAGUUUUUUUUUUUCUUUAAACCCAUAUGCAAUCUUUCAUCAAGUGAAUACUGGGUUAUUUGAUCCGUGUGCUGGUAUACCUUCUUCAGGCAUUUUUUUUUUGUGUCCCAGUCUGCUCUAACAUCGCACUGGACUAAGGUGUAACCUGAAUAUUUCCAAGAGCCGCCCUGUCCACUGUGGCUUCAAAGAGAGUAAACACGGCAAAGGGACAUUUUGAGUCAAGGGACCUUGAAUUUCACUGACUUCCAUAGGUUAACACAGACUUGACUGUAUAUGGAGUAGACAUUUUAUUUUAUGGACAGUGUUUUUAUGGUUUACAUUGAAGAUGAAUGCACACUAAACCUUAAUCAACAAUUGAUUGUUAGUCACUAUAAAUAUCAUCUAUAAUAAAUUUUAUGAAAUAAUUCAUGUAAUGACUUUAUUUCGCUGUAUUGGAACAGCUCGAUAUGAUUAUUACAGAACUGAGAGACUGCAGCAUACUGUGCUGUAACAUUUGAGAGAUUUUCUAGAUGUUCAUGGUAUUUCACAUACAGCUGCACAAACAUUUGGUACAAAAUUGUCGUGCUCCCUGACAGACGCAUUGAUGCUGCAUUUGUCCCGUUAUGUGUACAUCUGCAGUGGAAAUGAAUGAAAGCACAUCACGGCUAAAACAUGCUAAACAGGGGAAGCAGCUGCUCACUUUCACUGUCUUGGUGUGUUUGAAUUAAUCAAAAUUCAGUGUUGAGACGUAUCUGGAUUAGUGCAUGCACUCUCCAAACAAAAACUACUCAAAUGUACAAAAAUUAUUUUUGCAU